CGACAAGAAAUGGCAAGCAUCGGAUCUGGUUUAUUAGAGCUCAGUAUUUUAGACCUGAAGCUAGAUAAAACCAUUAUGGGCAAAGAUCUCUCAAUAGAGAUUGAAAUUGAUAAUCAGAGCAUCAUCACAGUUCCUGUGAAUAAAAACUCUGAACGUUUCGAUGUAGAUAUCACUAAUGCUAAUGAAAUUAUGGAGCUGAAGAUUUGUGCAGGCAGCGCAAACAGAAGCAAACAUAUUGAUAGCUUCUUCGUUCCCAUCGAUUUCUUCAGAGAAGCCACUCCAGAAACAGUCUCAGGGUUUGAAAUUAAAAGAAGAGAAGAAGGAUGGAUUUAUUUCGACAGAAAUGGAUACCUCCUAAAAGACUCAAGAAGAAAGAGAAGAGGUAUCGAGAUCUCAUUCGUGUUCACUGAGAAUGGAUCAUCUGGAACUGGAGUUUCUGCAAAGAGUGCAGUUGCUCAUACAACAACAGUAACCACCACUACCACAAAGAAAAGCUUUGGAAGCUCGAUGGUUAAAAGAUCUCCUCCUAGAGCUAAUGCUUUGAGAGGAAGUCAAAGAUUAACAAGAUCUCCUCCAUCCGCUCAAUCUUCUGCUGCUAGAGCUCAAAAUUCUGCCACAGCUGAAGCUGUAUCCCGUUCUCAACAGAGAAGAGUGGUGAAAACUCUCGAAUAUCGUCCAACCCCAAUUGAUGCUCAGUCUCAACAAGAAAUAGACAGAGAGCUAGUAAGCUUCUGUGGAGAACUGGAUGGUGAAUCGAAAAGUCAUAUAAACCAGCUUGAUCAAAAUGUAGAAGGACUCAAGGAAGUCUCAAGGCAGAUUGAAGCCACUAUUGAUGAAAUUGAACAAGUAAGAAACAGAGAUAUCAAAAGAGUCAGAAACGACACUAUUGAUAAACUAGAUAUACUCCUCCACAGGAGUGAAGGGCUUGCCCAACUCCAUGAUGCUCAAUCCAGACUCACUGAGAAGCAAAAUCAGCUACUUGAAAAAGAGUAUCAGUUGGAUAACCUGAAGCAUGGGAAUACUCUUCUUACCACAAUCAUGAAUAAAGCUGCAGGAUUAAACACUGAUAGGGAUAAAGUCUACUCCAAAUUCAAUGAAAUUCUUUCUAAAGAUAUCGAAGACCAAAGGACGGAAGUCUUCAGGAUCCUCGAAGAAACUGAGAAAGAAGGAAAAGAUGUAAAAAGAAGCGGAGACAUCGACAGAACUCUUAGUGAAAUCGCCCAUGCCAUCAAGGUUACUGCAGUUGACGAAAUCCGUAAGAGAGAAGGCCUUCAGGAGAAAUAUGCUAGAGAAAAGACUAAAGCUAAAGAAGAGAAAAUGGCUCUUGACAAAAAGAUCUCUAAAGCUGAUGACGAACUUAGAAAACUCAAAAAGCACUUAGAUGGACAAAAGAAUAAUAUUGCCCAGAAAGAGGACAAGCUCGCAAACAUCAGAGAUACCAUUGUUAAGGAAAGACAAGGACUGGUUGAAGACGAGAACAAGAAUGCUGAUCUUGAAAAGAAACUUCAGGAACUCAAAAACAGAAUGAGAAUGCUCGAACAAGAGAACCUUGUCAAUAGGCUCAGGAACAUCAAUAACACUAAAGCUAACAUCCAAGAGCAACUUCUUAAGGAAAGAGACAAUGCCAUGAUGGAUUGGAUGAGAGAUAGAAUUAAUGAAGACACUGGCAAAAAGAAAGCCCUUGAAGAAAAGCUCAACCAAUGCUACAGCUUUGAGACUAGAGAGGUCAUUGAUUUGUUUGAGAAAGAGAAGGAAAUCCAAAGGGAGCAAAGACAAGAUUUUAUAAAUGCACUUCAAGAAGAACUCCAGCAAAAGAAGGAAAAUGAGCAAGUCAUUAAGGAAGAAGUAGAUUCUGCUACUGUAGAACUGAAGAAACUAAAGAAGGGUGCCAAGCCAAUCCCUGAAUUUGAGGAUGACCUCAACAUUGACCAUGAGAAGCUCUAUGGAGAUUUGAAGGAAGUAGCUUUGGAUAAUCUUGACAAAAACCAAACUCUCGCCACAAGCAAGAAGGAUGUUAAAGAGCUUGAAGUGAAGAUCCUCCUUAUACAAGAUGAUAUCAACAACCUCAGAUCUUCAUGUGAAGAGCUAGAAAUCUUGAUUGAAGAAAUGGGUGUUAAAGAGUACCCAUCCCUCGAGAUUGACGAGAGUGAGCUUCUCAGAUUAAGAGAAGAACUCAGGAUCAAAAGGACCGAACUUCAUCAAUAUGAAGAUCAGAAAGCUGAUCUUGAAAGAAGAAUCAGGGAAGCUGAGAAAGAAUACAGAAAUAUCAGAACUUAUACCUCCAGAAGGUUUGUCAUCAAGGAACUUAAUGAUGAUGGAGAAGAAGUCAAGGUAGAAACUCAAAGCUAUAGUCAAAGUUAUGGAUAUUCCCAAAGCUAUGGAGGAGGAUCUCAGAACUUUAGGCAAACUGAAAGUUAUGGGCAAAACCAGAUACAUAAUGUCUUCAAGAAUAAAAAUGAGACUUAUGUAUCUUCUUCUGCUCACUACUCUCCAAAUAGAAUCCAGAUCGACCCUGAAGAAGUUAGGAGGACAACUCUUGCCAAAAGUCCAAAGGCUGAUUUCAAAAUUGACAGGAUUAUGAAAGAGAAGUACUAUGGAAGACCUGGUCCAAAGAUCAGCAAGACUGAAGAUGGCACUUUCAUCUAUGGUACCAGAGAAUUCGUUGUGUGGGAGGAGUUUGGUACUCUCUACGCUAGAGACUUAGAUGCAGAUAAUUCCCAAAAAGAAGAGCUUGAAAAUUACCUUAAAAUACAUGAAAUUCAUGAGAGACACACUGCUCUCAAGACAAAUCUGGCCUACCUGAAUGAUGACAUUGGUUCUGAAGAUGAAGAAAUGGCUGAAGUUGGAGAAGAAUUUGAAUCUAGAGACAAUGCUAGAUAUGGCCUCAGAUAAUUAUUCAAUAACAAAUUACUAAAAA